AUGCUUCAUCCAACUCUGUUACCGUUUGGACAGGAGGGUCUCUUCGAUGUACGCGACGUCCCAGAAUAUAAUGAAUUAAAGUUAGUGCCGCUAAACCUUUUGUUCUACGUGUAUAAAAAGAUACUAUGCCUACAUCAUGCUGUAUGUUUAGAAUGUGAUAUAAAAUUAUCAAAGGAGUUAGCUACGAUAGGCAGUAAUGGUAAUUUGUCUGUAUUAUGUAAUACAUCAUGUAUGAUAGGAGAUAACAGAGGUGAUAUGAUCUGGUAUGAUAACCAAUUUAAUCAAGUACCACACAAAGGAAGGAUAUUUUCUGUUAGUUAUGGUAGAGGUAGAUAUUCACGACUGGUAAUUUUACAUUCUAUACCUACAGAUGAGGGGAAUUAUAUCUGUACUCUGGAAACAAGUGGUGAAUUAAAACAAAAAUCAUUUACGUUAACUUAUGAUGGUCCCACACCAGCAAGAUCAAAUGUUAAAAAGGAUAUUGGUCCGAGAAGAGGCGAUGUGGUAAUCUAUGAUCCAAACAUUUUACAUCGUAGACCUAAACGUCAAGUCCAAGAAACAACGGAAUCGUCAGGCUUGGGCGAUAACGAAGUCGAUAGUACAACAACCAUCGAACCAAGACCAGAGUUAUUGACUGAAAGUUCACCAGAGCCGCAGCCAAAAGCAGAAAAUACAACUCUAUUAACUUCAAUGUCAACGAUGUCAACAAUAAUAACGCAAACAGCCAGAAAACAAAAAGCCACAACACAAAAACCCACAACUCUAAAAACCACAACACAAGUUACCACAGCUCAAGAAAGCACAACAAAAAGAAUCCAAAUUCCUCAACAAAACGAGCAAGGUACCACUACGCCAAUGGAAGGAGGCAACUCAAAAGUACCAAAUACUGAAUUUGGACGUAGUGGUUUAGUUGCAUUUGUAGUGUCGCUUUCCAUCGCUUUAUUAUUGCUUUAUGCACUGGUGUUGAUUCUUUUAAUACCAAUGUGCUUAAAACGGAAGAAGGGGAGAACAAGCACCAAGAAGAGAACGCAGAUUUCAAAAGAUACACCAGUUGUACUUUCGCAAGUAGCUAAAUCAGAAGAUAAUGGAGACCUUCCCUCUCCAGGGCCAAGUGAUGCCGGUUUCACAACAAUAGAUCUCGAUGAUCCACCAAAGGAUAAACAAGACGAAGAUGGUAAACAAACAUCUGAACAAAAUGACGAUGUAAAAGUUCUGCCAUCUGCUACAACAGAUCCCGAAACAACUAAUACACAAGAAAGUAUGUUGAGCUCUGUGAUGUCAACUUCCGAUAAAGGGGUAACUAAAUCAGUCGAUCCAGCUCCAGUUGACGAUGAUUUAAAAUUUAUUGAUGAAACAACCCAUUCUACUGAAUCCGAGAAAUUAGACGAUUCUUCGGUAUUUGACAAUUCAACUCCUGCUGUAGUAGACGAACCCCAAAGAACAACGACAGAAACGACCGAGGUUAAGUUAGAGAUAACAGAAAAGGAGGACGGACAUAAACAAAUCAAAUUGUCAUCAUCUUCCCCCCCACCAGAGACUCAAUCAUCAAACUGA